UUUUCUUCUUUCCCUGACGCAAAAUGGAUAACAUAGCGAGACCAGAAAAUGCACUUAAUAAUCUCCAUACAAAAUCAAAAUCCAGCUUGAACAGAAAAUCAAAGAACAACUUUAGGUCGGUUUAUGGCUCAAAACUGACCAAAAUUAAAAGACCAAAUGCCAAUAAAUUAAAGAAGGUUGCAAAUGGGCUUCACCAGGAGAAGUCAUUUCAAAAACAAGCGAAUAAGCCAAAAUAGCGAUAAAAUCUCUAAAAACCAGGUUAAAAUAGUAAACUCGUCUAAAUUUGAGGGAGAGAGCAGUAUGAAUCACAGCUUAGAGUCCAGUCUUGAAGUCCUGGCUAUGAGCAAUGACCUGAAUAACAAAAGUAUUAAUAAUGGUAAAUCGGGAGAAAUGCAUAUAAUUGAUAAGAAAUCCCAUAAGACAAAGUUUGGACCAAAAAGUAAAAUAAUAACGAAUAGGGAGGCGACGAUUACUCCAGAUUGAUCUGCUCAGACCGGAUUGCCUGAUAUUUCCUCUGCAAUUUCUGCAAGGAAUAAUAGGAAAGGGCUAGGAGGAAGAAGGUUACGAAAAGCAAGGAAUCCGAUUGGAAAGCCUCCACUUGCUCUAAACUCUAAUGCUAAAAUUUCAAUGUAUCCAGAUGCUUCAAAUUACAAAGCUGGUACAGCUAGCAAUAAAAUUCUCGAAUUAAGAGAUCACCUCAAGAAGAGAUAAAUUUCGCUAACAAAAAUCACUCCUUAAAUCCAAC